AUGUCCCUUACCAACGCCUCGCCCGCCGACGCCGCAAAGGGUGCGAAGUCGGCCUCCCACACACUCGCGACCCUCUCUGCCGAAGCCCGCAACGACGCUCUCACCGCCAUCCACGCCGCCCUCGCCGACGCCCGCGAUGAAAUCCUGGCCGCCAACGCGCGAGACCUGGACCUCGCACGAAAGGCCGCCGCCGAUGGCCAGUUGAGCCAGAGCCUCGUGUCCCGCCUAGAUCUGGGCAAGAAGGGCAAGUUUGAGGAUAUGCUCAAGGGCAUCUUGGAUGUGCGGGGACUCGAGGACCCCGUCGGCAAGGUCACCCUGAGGACCAAGCUGGAUGAUGGUCUCAUCCUGGAGAGGGUCACCUGCCCCAUCGGCGUCCUUCUCAUCAUCUUCGAGGCCCGCCCCGAGGUCAUCGCCAACAUCGCUUCCUUGGCCAUCAAGUCGGGCAAUGCAGCCAUCCUCAAGGGAGGCAAGGAGUCCACCGAGUCCUUCAUCGCCAUCUCCAAGGUCAUCUCCGCCGCCCUCGACAAGUCCCAGGUCCCCAACUCGGCCAUCCAGCUCGUCAUCACCCGCGACGUCAUCCCCCAGCUCCUGGCCCUCGACCAGUACAUCGACCUCGUCGUCCCCCGCGGCUCCAACGAGCUCGUCCGCUACAUCAAGGAGUCUACCAAGAUCCCCGUCCUGGGCCACGCCGACGGCCUGUGCUCCAUCUACCUCACCGACUCCGCCGACCCCUCCGUGGCGGCGGCCGUCAUCGUCGACUCCAAGACGAGUUACCCAGCUGCCUGCAACAGUCUGGAGACCCUGCUCGUUCAGGAGUCGGCCCUCGAAUCCGUCUUCCCCGCCGCCGCCGAGGCCCUGGUCGCAAAGGGGGUGACGCUGCACUGCGAUGCAAAGUCCAAGGCCACCCUCCAGUCCAACAUCUUGGGAGACGCUGCCGCAAAGGUCGUCGACGCCAAGGAUGCAGACUUCGACACCGAGUUCCUCUCCCUCGACCUUGCCGUCAAGGUCGUCGCGUCCUUGGACGAGGCCAUCGGACACAUCAACCUUCACGGCUCCAAGCACACCGAGGCCAUCCUCACCUCGUCGUCCGAAGACGCCGAGAGGUUCAUGGCGGCCGUCGACGCCGCGGGCGUGUACUGGAACGCCUCGACGCGCAUGGCCGACGGCAUGCGUUACGGCUUCGGCACCGAGGUCGGCAUCAGCACCAACAAGAUUCACUCCCGCGGCCCCGUCGGCCUGGAGGGUCUCAUGAUUUACAAAUACAAGAUCAGAGGCCACGGUCAAGUGUCGCUGGCGUACGGAGAGGGUGAGGGGCAGAAGCCUUUCAAGCACGAGAAGUUGUCGUUCUGA